GUUGGACAUCGCGGCCUCACGCGUUCGACGUGCGCGCGUGCGUUACUCGUCGUCGUCGGGCCGCGGCGCUUGUUGCAUCACACUGUAGUAUAUAGAACGAGCCAUCCACGCACAUAAAGCUACAGCAUCUGCUCGAUCGUCUAGCUUGGACGGUGGACCGAGAGACCAGCCAGCUAGAUGGCGCGCAGGGCGGUCGGCGUUCUACUGGCCGUGGCCGCGCUCCUCGCGGCGGCGACGGCGAGGGCGGCGGACGACGACGACAAGACGCAGCCCUGGCAGUGCUUCAAGUCAUGCUCCAGAGGCUGCCACCACCACCACGACCACGACCACGACAACGGCGCUGCUGCCGUGGCGGACUUCCUCUCCGGGGCCGCCGCCAAGGUCUCCGCCGCCGUCACCCGCGAGUGCAAGAACAACAGCUGCCAUGACAACGCGUGCUUCAAGGACCUGCCGGCCAUCACCUACCCGCAGUGCGCCAUCGCCACCUGCCUCAGCCAUCCGCACCAUAGCAGAAAGAAAACGGCGUGCUUGAAGGACUGCUGCGAGAAGUGCUUCAUCAAUGGCCCACCUGCGCCUGGCCCACCUGCGCCUGGCCCGCCUGUGCCUGGCCCACCUGCGCCUGGCCCGCCUGCUCCUGGUCCCAGCCCGACGCCACCAUCUCCGCCAAAUUAAGCCCAUGUUGCAUGGAUGCUCUUGGUACACAUGCAUGAAGUAGUAGAGAGCAACGGUCAACUUACUCCUUAUAUUCCCAUAAUAAUAAAAUACUUAGGAGUACUUACUUCAAAAAAAGAAGGAUCUCAUGACUGUAACCGAAGUGACAUUUUCUCUUGAGUUGGGGUGUAACAUAAACCCAGCACCAAAGCUAUUUGCCAUCUCAUUCCAGUUUCAAUAUAUUAAGACCUAGUUUGGGU